AUGGCGGAUCAGAAACAGCCUCCUCCUCCCGACGCAACACCCCCCUUGACCGAACAGAAAAUACCACUCAGCCAUGGAAUGGAUCAAGCUGCCGAGUAUCUGGCCCAGUCGACAGGCUAUGCGGCCCUGUCGCCAGAGGCUGAGCGCAGAAUGUUGCGGAAGAUGGAUUGGAUUCUCAUCCCCAUGCUGUUUCUCACCGCGACUCUCGGUGCUGUUGACAAGGUUGCAAUCAGCACCGCUGCCAUUUACGGACUGAGAGAGGACCUCCAUAUGGUUGGCCAACAGUACUCCUGGGCGGGAUCGAUCCUGUCGUUCGGUGCGAUUGUCGGCAUGUGGCCUUCCUCCUACCUGGUCCAACGACUGCCGUCCGCCAAAUAUCUCUGCAGCUGCUCCAUCGGCUGGUCGGCCAUGGCCCUGCUCAUCCCGGCAUGCCGGAACUGGGGUGGACUGAUGGCUCUCCGAUUUUUCAUGGAUAACAUUCAUAGAAGGUCUCCAUGCAUAUAG